GGCCGAGCCGCUGAGCCAGUUCGGCACUUUCCGGAAAGUCUCUCCCGAAGGAGCGAUUGUGGGGUUUCGGGGCUUUGCCAUGGCUUCUUCCUCGCGGAGGCUGCAAACCAAGCCGGUCAUCACUUGCCUCAAGAGCGUCCUCCUCAUCUACAGCUUCGUCUUCUGGUUCUCUGGCAUAAUCCUUCUGGCCGUUGGCAUCUGGGGGAAAGUGAGCCUGGAGGUGUACUUCUCCCUGCUCAAUGAGAAGGCCACCAACGUCCCCUAUGUCCUGAUUGCCACGGGCACAGUUGUCAUCCUCCUGGGGACAUUCGGCUGCUUUGCCACCUGCCGCGGGAGCACAUGGAUGCUCAAACUGUAUGCCAUGUUCUUAACUCUCGUCUUCCUUAUUGUCCUGGUGGCUGCCAUUGUGGGAUUUGUCUUCCGGCAUGAGAUUAAAGACAGCUUCAAGAAAAACUAUGAGGUUGCUGUGGAGAAGUACAAUGGGACCAAAGAUGAACGUAGUAAUGCAGUUGAUACUAUCCAGAGCAUGUUGCAUUGUUGCGGAGUCUCGAAUUUCACAGACUGGAGCGCCACUGACUACUUCAAGCAGAAUGGGAUUCCCUUGAGUUGCUGCAAGUCCUUAGACGACUGUACAGUUGGAGACCGGAAGGACCUAGAGAAAGCAAAGAGGAAGGUGUAUGAGAACGGUUGUUUCGAUCUGAUGAUACAAACAAUGGACUCCAAAAUGAGCAUCGUCGCCGGGAUCUCAUUUGGCACGGCCUGCUUCCAGUUGAUUGGCAUCUUCCUUGCUUGUUGCCUCUCCCGAUCAAUCACGAAUAAUCAAUACGAGAUGGUGUAGAUUGCUCUCCCGCUGGGUCGCAGCUGCAACCAGAAUUUGGGGACACUUUCUUUGUAUCUUGAAAACAAACAAAAAGGACUCUUUUGGGAACGACUUUGCUGACAGACACAAGCUCCUGGAAUCCUGGCUGAUGACACUACGUUUUCCCGGACUUGUUUCUUCUCUUCUGGACCUGAGCGCAAUGACAUGUGUACAGGGUUCACCUUCAGGUUGUAGUCAGGGCUGUUUUGAAAGAAUUUUGGAUGGAAUAGAUAGUAAAUAGCAAGUUAUUAGCUUCACUCCUCCAGGGCACGGAUAGAGACGCCAGCUAUGUUCAGAAUUUGGCCUCUAUCGAGUUAGCAGAUUCUUGAGAGGCGAAGCCUUGUUGCAAUGUCACACUCCAUGCUUGCUUGGUCCCUUCACUUUAUUUAUAGUUUUUAGAAUUAAAGAUGACAAUGUAUUGUCGAAGGCUUUCAUGGCCGGAAUCAUUGGGUUGUUGUGUGUUUUCUGGGCUGUAUGACCAUGUUCCAGAAGCAUUCUCUCCUGAUGUUUCACCUGCCAUAGAGACAGGCAAAACUUCAGGAGAGAAUGCUUCUGGAACAUGGUCUUAAAGAUGACAACUUGGAAAUCCAUAAUAAUAAUAAUAACAAUAAUAACAAUAAUAAUAAUAAUAAUAAUAAUAAUAAUAAUAAUAAUUGACACUUGUUAAGAUACCCUUUGCCCUUAAUGUGUUGUCGUCUGCAUUAAGAAGACAGACAACAACUCAAGUAGCCUUCAAAAUAUCAACGUGUGCCUGAACUGAAAGACGUCUGAACAGUGUGGCUAGACUAUUGUGAUGUCUGUUGGGUACGUUUCAACAGAUAUCACAAUACUCUAGCCACAAUGACGGCUCAAUUUUUUAAUACUUUAGAGCAAGUAAUACAAUGGACAUACAUGGCCUCUAAGAGUGUUUGGAUGAGUUCCUGAAAACACAUCAUUGGAACAGAAACAGCCAUUACUACAAGUAAAUAGUGCUGCCUUCAAAUGGGUUUUCUUAGGUUCCUGCCAAACUCUGGAUGCUGCAGGAAAAUUCCCCAUUUUGCCUUGUUCUAAUGACUCCUUAAUGGAUUUAGGGUGUCGUUGUGAAGUACAGCAGCUGGUAUAACACUAAGGGUCCUAUAUGCACAGCUGUUUCUGUUUUAUGAACACCUAAUGCUGCAUUUUUACAUUUCCUUGCCCAAAACCUUAUCGAAUUCAACAGGACUUACCUGUGAGCAAAACAUGGCUGUCAUUUGGCUGUAAAGGUGGUUUACGCUCCAUUCUCUUGGAAAAGGGGGAUGUUGAUGACCCCUUCUAUGCAGCCAUAUAAAAUUCAGAUUUUCUGCUUUGAACUAGAUUAUAUGGCAGUGUAGAAACAUCUAACCCAGUUCAGUGCAGAUAAUGUAGAUUAUCUGCUUUGGUAAUCUGGAUUAUAUGGGAGCAUAGAAGGGAGUGUAGGUGGCCGCGGUGGCGCAGCAGGUUAAACCACUGAGCUGCGGAACUUGCUGAGCAAAAGGUUGGCAGUUUGAAUAUGCAGAGCGUGGUGAGCUCCUUUUGUUAGCCCUAACUUAGAAGGGAGUGUAGGAGGCCUCAGUGGUGCAGCAGGUUAAACCACUGAGCUGCAGAACUUGCUGACUAAAAGGUUGGCGGUUUGAAUAUGCAGAGCGUGGUGAGCUCCCAUUGUUAGCCCUAACUUAGAAGGGAGCAUAGAGGGCCUCAGUGGUACAGAAGUUUAAACAACUGAGCUGCGGAACUUGCUGACCAAAAGGUUGGCAGUUUGAAUAUGCAGAGCGUGGUGAGCUCCCGUUGUUAGCCCUAACUUAGAAGGGAGUGUAGGGGGCCUCAGGGGUAUGGCAGGUUAAACCACUGAGCUGCAGAACUUGCUGACCAAAAGGUUGGCGGUUUGAAUCCACAGAGUGGGGUGAGCUCCCGUUGUUAGCCCUAACUUAGAAGGGAGUGUAGGAGGCCUCAGUGGUAUGGCAGGUUAAAUCACUGAGCUGCAGAACUUGCUGACCAAAAGGUUGGCGGUUUGAAUAUGCAGAGCGUGGUGAGCUCCCGUUGUUAGCCCUAACUUAGAAGGGAGUGUAAGGGGCCUCAGUGGUAUGGCAGGUUAAACCACUGAGCUGUAGAACUUGCUGAUCUAAAGGUUGGCGGUUUGAAUAUGCAGAGCGUGGUGAGCUCCCAUUGUUAGACCCAACUUCUGCCAACACAUCCGUUCGAAAAUAUGCAAAUGUGAGUAGAUCAGUAGGUACCGCCUUGGUGGGAAGGUAAUGGCGCUCCAUGCAGUCAUGCCGGCCAUAUGACCUUGGAGGUGUCUAUGGACAAUGCUGGCUCUUUGGCUUCGAAAUGGAGAUGAGCAUCACCCCCCCCCCCACCCCAGUGUCAGACAUGACUAGACUUAAUAUCAAGAGGAAACCUUUACCUUUUAUAUGGCAGUGUAGACUCAUCUAAUCCACUUAAAUGCAGAUAAUGUGGAUUGUCUGCUUUGAUAAUCUGCUUUAUAUGGCAGUGUAGAAGGGACUGUAGAGUGCUCUGGAGCGGCUUCUUGGAAAUGUAACUUGGCUGGACUACAGUUGCUACAAAACCCCAGCCAGUCUGGCCAUUGGUUAUGCUAAACGUGGAUUCUGGGAGCUAUAUGUCAACAAAGUUAAGUUUGCAAAGCUUCAACAUCCCCAAAUCAUCCCUCCCAGCGCACCUAUUGCUGUUUGUUCUUGUUUGUACGGGCUCGGCCUAAAUAAUUUAUUCUUCUUAAUGUUAUGUAGGAUUUUCAGCAUUACUUUGUUUCCCUGGCGUUAUCAUGGUCAGCCUUGGGAUCCUUUGCUCUUGAAUCUGCCUCCAAAAUUGGACCUGGGAACAGGGGAAAAGGAUUACUGCAUUUGUGCCUCUUGAAAUAAGCUUACUCUCCUCACUCCAGUCUUUUGCAUUUGGCAAAAGGCUUCCCACUUUCCCCCUCCCUCUUUCUUUCUUAACUGAUUUAUUUUUAUGAUAUAUUUUUUAAAAGUGUUAUUUGGAUAAAGCCUUUUAGGAUUGACUUGAUAAUUUUUGUGUCGAGAGGUUCCGUGUGGGGGGAAUCGGGGGGUUUAGUUUUAGCAGGAAGGACCCCACAGAUUAGGCACGAUUUCGAUCGGCAGUAUUAUUACGACAUGGUGCUUUUAAGCAGAUUUUUGUAUUCAAUAGGAAGUCCUCUUUGCCUUGAAAAUGUAAUAAAUAAUUGCAUAUCUUUUAUUCUUAAA